GGUUCAGUUGAGAGUGACAUCACCAAAGGAGUCUCUCUCAUAUCAUCCAGUCGCCUCACGCUAUCCCUCAGCUCCUACAGUUAGCGUAGUUGUUGUUAGCGUAGCCGUUGCUAGCGUAGCUGCUAGUUAUCUGGCAGGAUGCUAGCGGCUCUGAGGAUCUGGUGGAGCGCCAGGCGCUACCGGCCAGAAGAGGACUACCAGGAGGGCUAUGAGGACCUGGAGCCCUACACACACAGAGAGAGGGAUGAGGGUCCGUAUGGGAAACAUUCUGGGGGGUCGCGACCUCCUGAUGGAACCCUGGCGAUCAGAAGACAAAGUAUCCCAGAGGAGUUCCGCGGUUGCUCAUUGGUGGAGCUGGUGAAGAAGGAGGGGUCGACUCUGGGCCUGACCGUCUCCGGGGGCAUUGACAAGGAUGGCAAGCCCCGUGUGUCAAACCUGAGGCAGGGGGGCACCGCCGCCAGGAGCGACCAGCUGGUGGUGGGCGACUACAUCCGCUCGGUCAACGGCAUCAACUUGAACAAGUUCCGCCACGACGACAUCAUCAGCCUGCUGAAGAACGUGGGGGAGAGGGUGGUGCUGGAGGUGGAGUACGAGCUGCCCACGCUAGCCAUCCAGGGCGCGGGCGUUCUGUUCAAGACCCUGGAGGUGACGCUGCACAAGGAGGGGAACACCUUCGGCUUCGUGACACGAGGCGGGGCCCACGAGGACAGGAAUAAGUCGCGCCCCAUCGUCAUAACAACGCUCCGGCCAGGUGGGGCGGCUGACAGAGAGGGCACCAUCAAGCCGGGGGAUCGACUGCUCAGCAUCGAUGGGAUUCGUCUCCAUGGCACCAGCCAAUCAGAGGCCAUGAGCAUCCUGAAGCAGUGCGGCCAGGAGGCUACGCUGCUGCUAGAGUACGACGUCUCCAUCAUGGACUCGGUUGCCACGGCGUCAGGUCCAUUGCUUGUGGAGGUUGCCAAGGCCACGGGCUCCAGCCUGGGCGUGGCUCUGUCCACCGCCGUCUACUGUAACAAGCAGGUCAUCAUCAUAGACAAGGUGAAGCCUGGCAGCAUCGCAGACCGGUGUGGUGCGCUCCACCCAGGUGACCACAUCCUCUCGGUGGACGGCAGCUCCAUGGAGUUCUGCUCGCUGGCUGAGGCAACGCAGCUAUUGGCUGCUUCCUGUCAGCUGAUCAAGAUGGAGAUCCUCCCCCACCACCAGACCAGACCGGCCAUCAAACCCGCGGACCAAGUCAAGGUGCAGCGCAGUAUGCGACCCCUCCCCUGGGAGAGUGGGGGUGUUGGCUCCUCCCCUCCCCCCCUCCCCCCCUACCAGCACUACAACACCUACCACCCUGACCACUCCUCCUCCAGGACCCUGAACCACAACAAGACCACCAACCCCCCGCUGGCCCAGUCGUUCUCCCCUGGCUCUAUGUCCGCCUAUAGUCUCUCGUCCAUCAGCAUGGGGACCCUGCCCCGGAACAUGUAUCCCAGCAGCCCCCGCGGCACGCUGCAUAAGAGGAAGAGCAAGAAGAAGGACUUCAAGAGCUCUCUGUCCCUGGCGUCCAGUACGGUGGGUCUGGCGGGUCAGGUGGUCCACACCGAGACCACCGAGGUCCUGUUGCUAAGCGACGGCAUUAUGGGCUUUGGCAUCCAGCUGCAGGGGGGGGUGUUUGCCACGGAAACGCUCUCCUCCCCCCCCCUCAUCGCCUACAUGGACCCGGACAGCCCCGCAGAGAGGUGUGGUAUCCUCCAGAUAGGUGACAGGAUAUUGUCCAUAAAUGGAGUUCCUACUGAAGACUCGACCCUGGAGGAGACCAAUCAGCUGCUGAGGGACUCGUCCAUCACCGCCCAGCUCACCCUGGACAUAGAGUUUGACGUAGCAGAGUCGGUGGUUCCCAGUUCAGGAACGUUUCACGUGAAGCUUCCCAAGAAACCCGGAGUGGAGCUGGGCAUCACCAUCAGCUCUCCCUCUAACAGGAAGUCAGGUGACGCGCUCAUCAUCUCGGACAUCAAGAAGGGCAGCGUGGCACACAGGACAGGCACCCUGGAGCUGGGCGACAAGCUGCUGGCCAUCGACAACGUGCGGGUGGAGAGCUGCUCCAUGGAGGAGGCGGUGGAGAUCCUGCAGCAGUGUGAGGAGCUGGUGAAGCUGAAGAUACGUAAAGACGAGGACAACUCAGAUGAGCAGGACCUGUCCGGCAGCAUCAUCUACACGGUGGAGCUGCAGCGGUACGGCGGUCCGCUGGGCAUCACCAUCUCUGGGACCGAGGAGCCCUUCGACCCCAUCAUCAUCUCCUCGCUGACCGGGGGCGGCUUGGCCGAGAGGACGGGGGCGAUCCACGUGGGCGACCGCAUCCUGGCCAUCAACAGCAGCAGCCUGAAGGGGAAGCCGCUCAGCGAGGCCAUCAGCCUGCUGCAGCAGGCGGGGGAGACCGUCACACUGAAGAUCAAGAAGCAGCAGGACUUGUCCAGCCCCAAGUCGUGUGCGGUCAGCUCCUCUGGGGGGUUGGAGUCAGAGCCUGGUGAGGAGGAAGAGCCUGUUGUGGUGGCCCUGCCACCCGGUCAGAGGGCGUACAGCACCCUGCCGUCGGUGGACAGUGCAGUGGAGUCCUGGGACGGCUCCACCGUUGACAGCGUGCUCAACCACGCCGGCUACCAUUCCUACAGUUUCAACGAGUGGCGCAGCCCAAAGACAAACAACAUCCAAUCAUCCACCGCCCCCCGCCAGAGAACCAAUCCUCUGUCAGACCUCGGGCUGAGUGAUGACGACUGGGACCGCCCCCCGCUCACCGGGUUCAGCGUGGGGCCUGACGGGCCUGAACCGGACCAGGAGGAGAACUUCUGGUCCCAGGCGCUGGAGGACCUGGAGACCUGUGGCCAGAGUGGCAUAUUGAGAGAGCUAGAGGCAACCAUCAUGUCGGGCUCCAGUCUAAGUCUAAACCACGAGCCGCCGCCCCCCCGCUCUGGCCUGGGACGGCAGGCCAGCUUCCAGGAGCACAGCAGCAACCGACCACAGGUGGCUCCGCGCUCCAACACCUUGCCCUCCGACCCCGCGCGGAGAGCCUUCGCAGUGAGGAAGAUGAAGCAGGAAGUCAGCGACAUCCUGACGCAGACCCCAGUGGAGCUACACAAGGUGAGUCUGGAGAAGGCCUCUGACGCGGAGGACUUUGGCUUCAGCGUGUCCGACGGUCUGCUGGAGAGAGGAGUCUACAUCAACAACAUCAAGCAGGGAGGGGCCGCCCACCGGGCCGGCCUGCAGACCUAUGACCGCAUGCUGCAGAUAAACCAUGUGAGGACGCGGGACUUUGACUGCUGUCUCGUGGUUCCUCUCAUCUCGGAGUCUGGAAACAAACUGGAGCUUGUGAUCAGCAGAAACCCCGCCUCCUCCUCCCCGACCGCCAAUCACAGCCAUUCGCUGGGCCCUGGGCAUGCCACCCAGCCAACCAGUAGUGAGCUGGGGGCUGAGGAGGAGGGGCACAUCAUAUGGAGCCAACCAGGGGAGGCCUCCUUAUAGCAGCGGAGCUACGGCCCGCUAGCCCCAAGCACACCUGGUGGACCAGACCCCUCCCUGGUGGACCAGUGCCCCCUGGUGGACCAGACCACCUGGUGGACCAGACCACCUGGUGGACCACACCCCCCUUGGUGGACCAGACCCCCCCCUGGUAGACCAGGACACAGCAGCACAAAGACCACAACACAGAUAGACAGACAGGUAGAGGGAGCGACAGACAGAUAGACAGACCGACAGGUAGAUGGACAGGUAGUGAGACAGAAGGACAGGUUUUGGUUUUUAGUGCCCCCCCCCCCACCCGAGCACAGUUUGUAUGAAAACUCCGCGACGACGCGGAGGUUCAAUAAAGAAUAAUGUUUUUUAGUGUUUACACACGAGGACUGGCCACACUGUGUGUGUGCGUGUGUGUGUGUAUUUGUAUGUAUAUGUGUGUGUGUGUGUGUGUGUGUGUGUAGGUGCGUGCAUGUGUUUAAGAGACUCAGGCCAGUAAAGUCCCACUCAGCUCUGUGGUUGGCUAAUAGACAUGCCACCUUUCUUCUGAUUGGCUGGAACCAGUCAGAAGCCCCGCCCCCAUGUGAGUCACUGUCGUAGAGCACCAAGCAUGCCCCUCCCUCAUCUAUUAUGCUACUCAAACCGCGUGUGUUAGUUAGGACGUUUCCAUGGUUACUGAAUCACUUCCAUGAUGUAAAAAAUAACCUUUUCUACCCCCCUGUGACAAACAUGUGUGUGUGACGUGUGUGUGUUGUGUGUGUGCAAGUGCAGCCUACUGAUGUUCAAAGCGAUGUCACCAUCUUGCUGCCUCUACUUCUAUAUUCACUGUUAACCUUUUGCACCAACCAAUAGGAAUCCUCCGUCAGCAGAAGCCCAUCAUGGCCGCUCCUCAGAGGUCAGCAGAGUCUAAUUAUCUCACUGGAUGCCCACAGUAACCUUCCAGCCACAGGAAGUAGCACUAUGCUAACCCUCCAGCCACAGGAAGUAGCCCUAUGCUAUCCCAACCAACAGGAAGUAGCACUAUGCUAUCUCAACCAACAGGAAGUAGCCCUAUGCUAUCCGAACUGACAGGAGGUAGCACUAUGCUAGCCCUCCACCAACAGGAAGUAGCAAUGUCCUAACUCCAUUAAUAGGAAGUACCACUGUGCUAACCCUCCACUAACCGGAAGUAGCACGAUACUAACCCUCAACUUACAGAAAUUAUCACUGUGCUAACCCUCCAAUAACAGAAAGUAGCACUAUGCUAACCCUCCUUUAACAGGAAGUAUCACUGUGCUAACUCUCAAACAACAGGAAGUAGCACUAUGCUAACCCUCCACCAGGAGGAGGCAGCCCUGUGCUAAAUGUCUGGGUCAGGGAGUGUUAGGGUGUGAAACCUAAAGCCAUAACGUCACUCCACUAAGGCUACCUGAUAGACUAGACAUGGCUGUGUGUGUGUGUGUGUGUGUGUGUGUGUACUGGUCCAGGUUGCAGGGAGAUCUUUGUGAGUUGUUAUCACAUGUUGUUGUGAACAUGGUCUUUCCACUAUCAGUAGACUAGAUUACAUGUUGAAUCUGUAGCCUCCGUUUGUCCUUCCGAGAGGAAACACCAAACAAACUGUAUUUUUAUUUCUAAAAGGACUGGGAGGUUGUAAAGUAUUUUUGUACAAAUUUAAUACUUUGGUAGCAUGAUCUUCCUGGUGUGUUUUGUGUGUUUAUGGAGGAAGUCCAGCAACACAAUCAAUAAAGACCCUACAAACCAGCGAGUGGUUUCUGUAACACGCUUCAAUCAGAAGAGGUACGAGUGCGGAGAGAUGAGCACAUGGCUCAGCAGGCUGGCUCUGGCCGUCCCCAUGUGGACAUUUGGGCCCCCAAAGACACCAAGAAAGAAA